AUGGGGGAUAAGUUCGAAUUGCAGAAGACACCUGUCAAUCGGACAGUUGUGCGGAAGAAGAAGAAGAAUGAGAAACUGCGAUUACCGGUCAUCGUUUUAGACGACAGCGAGAGAGUUUUCGAGGUGGAGAGAAAGAUUCUGGGUUCGGAUUUCUUCAAUAAGGUGUGUGGUCAUCUAAAGCUGCUGGAGAAAGAGUACUUUGGCCUGGAGUUCCGUCACCAUACUGGCAGCUAUGUCUGGCUUGAACUCCUGAAACCAGUGGCUAAGCAAAUCAAAAAUAUCAGUGAUGUGGCGUUCCAUUUUAUAGUGAAGCUUUUCCCUCCUGACCCAGGACAACUGCAGAGAGGCUUAACCAGGUAUCUGUUUGCCCUUCAGAUUAAACAGGAUCUGUCAAAUGGCAGCCUUACCUGUAACGAUAACAGCGCCGCCCUGCUGGUCUCUCAUAUACUGCAAGCACAAAUUGGGGACUAUGACGAGGAGUUGGACGCUCAUGAUCUUGAAAAUAAGCAAUAUGUGCCAAACCAAGAGUACUUGGACCACAAAAUCAUUCGCUUUCACAAGAAGCACAGAGGUUACACUCCUGCUGAAUCAGAUGUGCAUUUGCUGGAGGUUGCCCGGAAAAUGGACAUGUACGGGAUCCGCCCUCACCCUGCCCAUGAUGGAGAAGGCAUGAGGAUCAACCUCGCUGUCACACAUAUGGGAGUGCUCGUUUUUCAGGGAAACACAAAGAUCAAUACCUUCAGCUGGGCCAAGAUCCGAAAGCUGAGCUUCAAGAGGAAACAUUUCCUGAUCAAACUCCACACUGAGACUGGGUCUUCAAGGAGAGACACUGUUGAGUUUUCCAUGGCCGGCAGAGAUGUGUGUAAGGCAUUCUGGAAAAUGUGUGUGGAGUAUCAUGCUUUCUUCAGACUUGUCGAAGAGCCCAAGUCACAUCAGAAGUCCAUUCUGUCUAGCAAAGGAUCUAGUUUCAGAUACAGUGGCAGGACACAGAAGCAACUUCUUGAGUGUGUGGGCUCUGGAAACAAGAAACAUUUGCCCUUUGAAAGAAGUUACUGCAAGUCUGAAUAUGUCACACGACAGUGCAGAUCCUCUCCUGACAUACUGACUGAUGUCUCUAAGCAGCUGUAUGAGCAUCUACCUCCCGACCCAACCGUUGCCGGGCAACACAGCGAACAGACAGGCGUAGCAAAGCGCAGUCUUUCCGCUGUGGAAGUCAUGUUCGCUAAUGAGCUGGAACGAUCCAGGCCCUUGUCAAGAAAUCCUGCCUUCUCAAGCAACUCUGCCUCGCCCAAGCUUCGUUCCCUUUCCACAUCAGGAGCGGAACAUCGUGGUAGAGGAGCUCAGAGACAAAAGGCAAAGAGAAGAUUGUCUCCUAGCGCCCAACAUCUCGUGCUUCUCUAUCCUAAUACACCCCACCUCCAGUUCCACCCAGUGCUGCCAACUUUCCCACUCGCCACUCACCCGUACCUACUGCAAGACCAUACGUCCUCAUCCCUAGACCGUCUCCCUCAAACCCAUCACAACCAUGUGCCUCUGCAAUACCUGCCCAGACAAACUGCUCACUCGUCCUUGCCGUCCUCUUGCUUGUCACCACAACUACAGAAGCAGCAGGAAAGGCUCCGUUCCACUGGCCAGGGAGAAUCGAGAAUGUUCCCCAGAGGAGGACUAAGGGCUGGGUUGAAUAGUAAACUGGACUUGAGUGGAGUGGAAGCAGGCCAUUACAGUGACGACUCCACCUUUCAGACCGGUUUGCCACAUCGAGCUUCAAGCCAACCAGACUUCAAAUAUCAGCGACCGACACUUGCCUCAAAUGCCACUGCCUACGCAUCUGAAUACCGCCCGCUGGGAUAUUAUCCACACCUUUCUCGACAUCAGAUUCUUACCAGGCCCACCUACCUUCCUCUAAGUCCUGCCCCUUUCCCAGAAAGACCCACUUCUGUAUGUGUACUCUGCACAGGUAGUUAUAGUGAUUCGGAUUCAGACACCUUUUACCCCUACUUUCCUGCACUGGGUAAAGUGGUACGUUCUGGUCCUCUGGCACGGAUGUGCUUUUCUUCUGGAAGCCUCCAACUUGAUGAAGAGGAUGGAGAGGAGGAGGACUUGGACUGCCCAAAUGAUGAGAAGAAUACAACUCUCACCACUGUUAAGGUGAUGAAGUUGUAGCUAUGUGUAGAAUCUUGAACCUUGGCCAUGAUUGAUGGAGCUCAACAAAUAAUGCAGUGAUGCCACAGAAAAAAUAUUUUUGGUUCACCAAAGGUGCUUUCAGUGAACCAUUCUUAGAACCAUUUUUGUCUAAGUAUGAAGAACAUUUUAAUAAUCUAAAGAACGUUUUUCCACUAAAGAACCUUUUGUAGAAUGGAAAGCUUCCAUGGAUAUGAUACAUAUGCAGAUACAUAUUAGUAACUUUUGAAAGGGUACUGCCCCAGUGACAGCUUUUGUACUAUUUUUUUCUUUUUCUUUUCUGAGAGUGUGGGGUAGUAACAAAAACAGAGAGGGGACAUAAUUAAUCCGGUGACAUGAGGUAAUAUUACUGUAAAUAAUAAUUUAAAAAAAGAGAAAUAUUUCAUGUCUAUUUGCAACUCUGAUCUAA